AUGGCGUUCAGUCGUCGUUUAGCAAUCCUCCCCGGAGGCCUGGGUGGCCUGGGAACCAGCAUCGGCCAGAAAUUAAGACAGCAGGGAGCUCGCCUCGCCAUUCUCUACGCCCCGUUCGAAGCAGCUAAAAAAGACCAGCUGCUCGAGACGAGCUAUGGCAGCGCGAACCCCGAAGGCGUGCACGCCUACGAAUGCGAUAUCACAUCCCCCGAUUCUGUACGGUCGGCCUUUGCCUCUUUGAACGAGGAGUUGGUCGCGCCGGAAUCGAGUUCACCGACCGAGAGGGCGUUCCCCAGCAUUCUGGUCAACACAGCUGGCUACGUGUCGCUGAGCGACAUGGAGCUCACGCCCCCCGAAGAAACCAUCAGGCACCUGAAUGUCAACAUCCUGGGCCCCAUGCUCUGCUCCCAGGCCUUUGCGAAUCUCUACUUCGCGGCCUCGAAAGUCGCCGAGUCCUCCACCAGCCCUGCGCCGCCUGGACGGAUCGUUAGCAUCUCGUCUCAGGCUGCCCAUGCGGCAUUGCACCGGCAUGGUGCGUACUGUGCUUCGAAGGCUGGACUGCUGGGUCUCACGCGGAGCAUGGCUUCCGAGUGGGGAGGCCGUGGCAUUACCGCGAACGCCGUCUCCCCCACAGUGGCGUGGACGGCUCUCGGCCAGAAGGCCUGGGGCGAGGACACCGUGCGAGAGGCAUUCUUGAAAACCAUCCCGACCGGCAAGUUUGCGCUGCCUGAGGAGGUUGCGGACUCGGUUCUGUUUCUUUGCCAGGAUUCUAGCGGGAUGAUCAAUGGCGCAGAUAUCCGUGUUGAUGGAGGUUUCACUAUUCGGUGA